AUGCCCCCCACCACGGCCCCUCACCCCGAUCAACGCGGCAUCGAACCGCACCCCGAUCUCCCCCACAACACCGCCCACGAAGUCGACUACACCCCCCACCCAGAGAACUCCGUGCCCCUACCCCCAUCCCGCCAAUCCAUCCAAGACCACAUCAUAGCCCUAUACUGCGGUAGUGCCUCCGCCGAAGACAUGAGCGUCUACGCAGAGCAAGCCGUCUACGACGAUCCAUUCAGUUACUGUGAUACGCGGUACAAAAUCGCCGGCCAAUGGUACGGCAUCCCGAAGCUCUUUAGCAAGAGUGAGAAUCUAGGGACGGAGGUGGUGUCGAAUACGGAUAAUGAGAUGGUCUGGAAGCAGAGACAGAGGUAUACCUUUCGGGGGAUUGGAGCGUCCCGCACGGAGGAUAGUUUGGUGAGUUUGAGAUUACAGGGUGGGGAGGAUGGGGAGAGAGUGGUUUAUCAUAAGGAUAUGUGGAGUGAGAAGGAUUAUGAUCACCAGGGGUUUGGGGCGUUGAUGAAGAAGGUUAAUGGGGAUAAGUUGACGGGGAUUACGAGGCCGCCGGAGGAGUUUUAGGGGAAUUUUUCUUGAUAGUGGGAUGGGAUGGUGUUGGUGUUGGGGUCUGGAGUAUGGGUGGGGAGGUCUGUGUUUUGAUAUUCGAGCUGUUGGGCCAUGGCAUUGAGGUAUAUUUGUGCUUUUGGGUUGGUGGUAUGGUGUUCGGUAAGUG